AGAGUCACAUGAUUCACAAAUCAAAAUGCUUCCUAAAGUGAAAGAUGCAACUAAAGAAAGCGAAUAUGGUUACGUCUACGGCGUAUCCGGUCCUGUUGUUACUGCAUCCAGAAUGGCUGGUGCCGCUAUGUACGAGCUGGUUAGAGUAGGCUAUAAUGAAUUAGUCGCGGAAAUCAUCCGUUUAGAGGGUGAUAUGGCAACGUUACAAGUAUACGAGGAAACAUCUGGGGUAACGGUUGGUGAUCCUGUUUUACGAACUGGAAAGCCAUUAUCUGUUGAAUUGGGUCCUGGUAUUUUAGGAAGUAUCUUUGACGGAAUCCAAAGACCUCUACGAGCUAUCAAUGAAUUGACACAAAGCAUUUAUCUCCCAAAAGGUGUAAAUAUGCCUGCUUUGGAUAGAAACUUAAAAUGGGAUUUCAUUCCAAAUAAAUCGAUUAAAGUUGGAAGUCAUAUGACUGGAGGAGAUGAAUAUGGCUUAGUUUAUGAAAAUACAUUGGUUACCCAUAAAAUUCUAUUGCCUCCAAAAGCCAGAGGUACUGUCACAUAUGUAGCUGAAGAAGGAAGUUAUGAUGUCAAUGACGUUCUAUUGGAAACUGAAUUUGAUGGUGAAAAGAACAAGUACAGCAUGUUACAAAUAUGGCCUGUAAGACAAAGGAGACCUGUAACUGAAAAGUUGGCUGCUAAUCAUCCACUUUUAACUGGUCAACGUGUUUUGGACUCUCUCUUUCCUUGUGUUCAAGGAGGUACAACAGCCAUUCCAGGAGCUUUUGGUUGUGGAAAAACUGUUAUUUCCCAAUCCCUUUCUAAAUAUUCCAACAGCGACGUUAUUGUGUAUGUUGGUUGUGGAGAACGUGGUAACGAAAUGUCUGAAGUACUUCGAGAUUUCCCUGAAUUAACCAUCGAGCUAAACGGAAAAACUGAAUCCAUUAUGAAACGAACAGCCCUUGUUGCAAACACAUCAAACAUGCCUGUAGCUGCCAGAGAGGCUUCUAUCUAUACCGGUAUCACUUUGGCCGAAUACUUUAGAGAUCAGGGCAAAAACGUUUCCCUUAUGGCUGAUUCUACGUCACGUUGGGCCGAAGCUCUUCGUGAAAUUUCUGGUCGUUUAGCUGAAAUGCCUGCCGAUUCUGGCUAUCCUGCUUAUCUUUCAUCCAAGUUAGCUUCUUUCUACGAGAGGGCAGGCCGUGUAAAAUGCCUUGGAAAUCCUACCAGAGAGGGUAGCGUGUCUAUCGUUGGAGCCGUAUCACCUCCUGGUGGUGAUUUUGCUGAUCCUGUAACAUCAGCUACCUUGGGCAUUGUUCAAGUAUUUUGGGGUUUAGAUAAGAAACUAGCUCAGAGAAAGCAUUUCCCAGCCAUUAAUUGGCUAAUCAGUUUUAGCAAGUAUACAAGAGCACUAGACGACUUCUACGAAAAGAAUUACCCUGAAUUUGUCGCUUUAAGAGCAAAAACUAAAGAAAUUCUCCAAGAGGAGGAAGAUUUAUCCGAAAUUGUACAACUAGUUGGUAAAGCCUCCUUGGCUGAAACAGACAAAGUUACACUCGAAGUUUCCAAAUUGAUCAAAGAUGAUUUCUUACAGCAGAACAGUUAUACGCCAUAUGAUAGGAUGUGCCCCUUUUACAAGACAGUUGGAAUGUUGAAAUUACUUAUUGGUUUCUACGAUCUCUCUAAACACGCUGUAGAAUCAACCGCUCAAUCGGAUAAUAAGAUAACUUGGGCGAAUAUCAGAGAAAAUAUGUCAGAUUUAAUGUACAGAAUUGGAACUGUCAAAUUUAAGAAUCCAACAACUGAAGGAGAAGCGAAAAUUAAAGCAGAUAUUGACGAAUUGUAUGAGGAAAUGCAAGCGUCCUUCAGAAAUCUAGAAGAUUAG